AUGGAGUUCCAGUCAACUGCGAUCAGCUCGCAGCCUCAAGUCCAAGUCACACAGUACACUGUGCCCUCUGCAGAAUGGAGUUCCAAUGUGUGCGACUGCUGUGAAGACUGUGGAAUUUGUCUUUGUGCAACUUUCAUCCCCUGUAUCCUGGCCUGUAAGGUGGCUCAGGACAAUGGGGAAAGCUGCUGUGUGCCUUUCCUUCCUGGCGCCAUGAUUGCUCUAAGGACAAGUAUCCGCAACAGAUACAACAUUGGUGGGUCUGUGUGUGAUGACUGGGUUGUCAUGGCCUGCCUGCCUUUCUGUGGACUGUGUCAGAUGGCACGAGAGCAGAAGAUAAGAGGAUAAAAAGAAGUACAAAGAUGUGGAAACAUUCUUUUGUCUAGACACCAUUUCUAUUUUUAUAUCUGCUGUAUUGGCAAAACAUUAAGGUCUUGUCAAAGGAUGUACAAUAGAACACAGUUAACAAUGUAAGAGUAAUAGCCCAAUAAUCAGAAUGAACCACUAUUUUGUUUCAAAAUAGGUGAAAUGAGCAGGAAUUCAGAGCAGUAAAACCAGGAUAAGUAACUGAGAAAAGAAAGACAACAGAGUAAUAAUUCAGUAUUGCAGUAGACCUGAACCACUGUCUUUCAUUACAAGUUAAACUGUGUUGAAGCUGUCUUUGUG